UCGAAACACAUACAAAUUUGCAGGUCCCGUCUAAAGGGGGUCCUAGAAAUAUCCGCCUUAGUUUUCUUGCCAAUUGCCGGUAAUUCUCCGUCGUUUCUGCUUCUUUUGAUCAACACCCCUUAAUCCUGCAAUCCCAUUUUUGGUUCAACUUUUCUGUUUCUUUGAAGUUUUUUUGGGUCCAAUUUUGAUCACCUUCUUGCUCUCUUCAUGCCAUCUUUUUUGAUCUUCUGUUGCAGAGUAUAUCGUUUUUUCUUCUUGGGUUUGAGAUUCUUUAAGAACGUUUUAGGUUAGAAUUUACCGAAAAUCAUGGGUGUGGAGGUCCCUGAAUCAAACUUGGCCAUUUCUGUGGAAACUGGAAAUGAAGAGAAGAUUUCUAUGGAAAAUGAAAAGAUGAACGUAAAAUUUGGUACUCAUGGUGUGGAUGAGCCAGCCAAAGAAGACGGGAAAAAGGUUUCGGAUGCCGACCUCCCAAAUAAUGUAGCUGAUUCAUGGCCUGAACCCAGUCUGAUCCACUCUUUCUAUAUUGUUAAGUAUCGGCCUUUUCAGGACCAGAAUCUCAGGGCCAAACUGGAUCUGGCAGAGAAAGAGUUACAGAAAAAGAAUCAGGCCCGAUUUCAGAUCACUGAAAAAUUAAGGGAGAAAAGGGUAAAUUAUGCUGUACAUUGUAUUUUUGGGUAGUUCAUUGCUUAUGCAAUUGUGUCUCUUUAAAAUAAAAUCUGGCUUGUGGUUA